AUGUUUCAUUCUUUCUUUUCCAUUUUCUUUUUCUUUUCUUUCUUUCUUUCUUUCUUUUUCUUUCUUUUUCUUUGGCUUUCUUUCUUUUCCCUCCAUGAUUCUUUCUUUUUCUUUUUUUUCAUUCCAUUUUGCUUUCUUUCCAUGUUUCAUUCUUUCUUUGUAACUUUCUUUCUUUUUUUCUUUUCUUUUUCUUUCUUUCUUUCUUUUCUUUGUCCUUUCUUUUCCUCCAUGAUUCUUUCUUUUUUUCUUUCAUUAAUUUUUUGCUUUUUUUUCCAUGUUUCAUUUCUUUCUUUUGUAGCUUUCUUUCUUUCUUUCUUUCUUUUCUUUCUUUUGCCCUUUUUCUUUCCCUCCAUAAUUCUUUCUUUUUUUUCUUUUCUUUCAUUAAUUUUUGCUUUCUUUCCAUGUUCAUUUCAUUUCUUUUCUUUCUUUCUUUUUUCUUUCUUUCUUUUUUCUUUCUUUUCUUUCUUUGACCCUUUCUUUCCCUCCAUGAUUCUUUCUUUUUUCUUUUUCUUUCUUUCCAUGUUAAUUCUUUCUUCUUUUUUUUCUUUCCAUGUUUCAUUCUUUCUUUUCUUUUCUUUCUUUUCCCUUUUCUUUACUCCAUGA